AUGCCCAAGAAGAAGGUGAGCUCAGCCAAUGGCAAGGUGAAGGACGAGCCCAAGCACAGGUCAGUCAGGCUGUCUGCAAAUCCGACUCCUGUGAAAAUGGAAGCGAAGCCAAAAAAAGCAGUGGGAAAGGAUAAACCUUCAGACAAAAAAGUGCAAGCAAAAGGGAAGAGGGGAGCAAAGGGCAAGCAGGCUGAAGUAACUAAGCCAGAGACUAAAGAAGACCUACCUGCCGAGAAUGGAGUGGUGAAGAGCGAGGAGAGUCCAGCCUCUGAGGAAGCUGGAGAGGAAGAUGCCAAGGUUGAGUAG